CUCCGACUAAUGCAGCGUGAGUGAAAAAGAUACAGAACAAGCAAGGAGGUUGUCGCGGUACCCGUGUUCAUUCGAGGGGAAUAUAUGGAGCAUGGACAUCCUUAAUGGGUUUGAGAUCUACAUCCCCAGAGAGGCUGAGGUGAAAACCAUCGCCCUCUGGAGUCUGCCACGCUCAAUGUUAAAGUCGAUGGGCCUUCUCCAGGCUGACAGGGAGAGCUCCAGGAAUCUUGCACCCUCUCCAGAAGCCACAUUGAUUUGUCCAGCGGUCGUACAGAGGAGAAACAGCCCAUCAGCUGAUAAUACAGCGGAGGCAGCCAAAGAGCACAUGUCAAACCUGCUGAGCAGAAAGAUUCAAACACCGCAGGGUCCUUUCCAGAUGUCUUUUGUGUCCUCCAGCCAGGCAGCCUACAGGGUGCUGGACGACGUCCUGCGCGGGAAAGACAUUACCAAACGGAUCGGCAGCAGCUCCCCAUUUCCUCUCGGGCCCAACCGCCAAGAUGCGGUCGUCAUUUACUGCAGCCGGGUUUACCUGUCUGUCAAGAGGCCCAAGCGAGUCAGAAGUCAACGAGAGACACAUGAACUGAACCCCGCUGGCCAAGCAUCACCCUCUGCUCCCGAGAGCCAGAAGACAGAGCUGUUGAGGAAGAAAGAUGGAGUAACAGCUGCUGAAAGCAAGGAGGAGUUUAUGAACAAGGACAGGAGUUUGUUCUCAUCCAAGGCAGCAUGUUGUAGCCCUCAUCACAAAGUGGACAGCCUCUGCCGUCAGACUGCUAGAAAGGAUCUUCGAGGGAAACGGGCGCUAGACAAAGAUGUCAGGGAGCCAGCUGGUUUUCAGGAAAAAGGAGAGCCGGAGGAGGUGGUGUUGCCCAACAAAGCCGGUGCUGCUGCCAUACCCACAGGUAGCGGGGAAUCUCAGACGGAUGACUCAGGCUGUCAUGAGGCUCGGAGUUUGGAUGAAAACAGCGAGAUGGAUUUGGAGGUCAGCCGCAGUGAAGCCAAUGAUGCGGCUGCCGUCAGAGAGGGCAGUAACGUGCAGAGCUGGACUGGGGCAGCGUCGUUUGGAUUGGCUUUCGCAUCCACACAUCAGGGAUUUGACUUUGAGCAGCUGGCACAAGAGGAAGAGAUUUCCAGGAUGAGAGCCAAAGUGAAAGAGAGUGAAGCUGCUCUGAACACUCUGCAGUCCUCAAAAUGACACUUCUGUCUGAGCUAAUCACAUCGUGACUGUAAAACUAGUAUGAGUUGGAAAUGAGACCACUUUUGUUUUCAAAAAUAUAUAAAAACCAGCUUGCAUAGACAUACUGCUACACUGAUGAAUACAAUCCAUCAUUUUCAAAAUCAAUGACUGUUACGCUGUUUGCAAACAUGCCCACGCAGUAGAGCUGAAUAUGCUUACAGAAAAUCACAUUGUGAUUAAUUUUACAGAUAUUGCAAUUGCAAUAUGAUGAAAGAUGUUAGUUUUUAUUAGAUGUUUAUUUUUUCAUCAUGAGUUUCAUUUUCACUUUAAAAUAAUAUUGAAAUGAUGUGAAGAUUUUAUUUCGUUUUAUUUUUUGCUGGGGUCUGAAUCAGUCAAACAUGAUUUCUUACAUCCGGAGGAUACAGUUUAUAGGCCAGGGCAUCUGUGGAGCACCACCAUCACUCAUUUCAUCAAUAGUAUUUUUCCCACAUUGUACCUUCUUCAUCUUUGCAUGCAAUUCCUGCAAAAUGAAAGAAUUUGUUGUCUUU